AUGCGUUCCUCUCUGAUUUUAUCAUCGCUCGCUGCGAUUCCACAAAUCUUUCCGUCAGUCCAUGCUGCCGAUACUCUCGUAAAGGCUAUCGAGAUCCCGGACGACCCAACAGUCGAGACCUACACUGCCAAUCUCCACGAAAGAGAUGAAGACAACGUAGGUCAUGUCUUCGUUCCUGUUUAUGGUGGACCACUGGAGAGAAGAGAUACCGACCCCGGAAAGGUGCAGGCCCAGAUGGACAACGCUUUCGGGGUCCUCUCGAAGAUCAAGGACAGCGAGAUCUACCCACGAACUAAGAAGCAGAAAGACGUCAUUAAGGAGUUGAAUGCUCUGCUUACUAAAGAAGGCAAAGACGACAAGUUUAUAAAAGAUCCCAAAGACCCAAAGAAUACAGAUGAAAGAACAGCGGGCAACUUGAGAAUUCUUUUCGUGGAAUUCGCUGGUACGAAAGGCGACAUAGGAAAGUCCAUGUUUUACGUGGAUGUUCUUGAAGAUUUGAGGUUGCAAGCCAAUCUCUGGUCAAGGCUCAUGAAGAAGCUCAAGACAAUUUUCCCGGGUACAUCCAAGGCGCCACAGGUCGAUCUCAGACUGGUCAUGGAUUGUGAAUACGAGGAUUAUCUACCUGCGUCCAUCAAGAAGGACUACAAACUUGAUAUUGCGGCCUGCGGAAAAGAUCUUGCGGGAUUCAAGGCGGCGAUCAAGAAACAGAUGACAGUUUUCGACCCCCACAUCGUAGUACUUGGGCACGCAGUCGCAAAGAUCUACAAUUCCAACAACAAGCAUAAUCCAGAAUGGAUUAAGAAACAGGAUCAAAGCUUCAAAGAAAUCACCGAACCGAUAGAUGAAAAGUGUGAUCCGAAAAAGGACGGUUGUGUCAAGGUCGCCAUCAAAUCAUACUUCAAGCAGGUACAAUCGGCACAAAUGAAGGAAGAUUAUCAACUUGGACCAAACGAUGUCACCAUCGUCGGACAGACUGCAGAUUGGUUUCCAGAGGCCAUGCCUGACAAGUCUUUGCAGAUCCGUGUCGGUCGAGCUGAUACACCGGGAAUGGGCGAGGUACCUGCCGAUCUCAAGAAGUGGCUUGGUGAUGCAAAACGAAAGAAGGUCAUGUAUUUGGGGCACGGCGGCUUGAUGCGUCCGGUCGAAAAGGAUAUCGAGAAAGCAACUCCGUUGAUCAAGGAAUUUGUUGAGGAGAGACUGAAGGAUGAGAACGACAAUGAUUGGAGCUUUAUCAUCUUCCACAACGUCAAGAAUCCGGAUCCGACGAAGGACCUCGUAACGGAUGAAGGGCGCGUCUAUCAUCUUUACUAUGGAACCAACCUAUUCACCCUAUGGGGAGAUAAAAAGAUUAAGAUCGUUAUGCAUCACUGCGGCAAAGGCUCCUUCGAUGAUGCCAUUCUCGCAGGAAAAGCACAGCUCUGCAUGCCUCAAGCUGGCUUCGGUGCAGAUAUGGAAGACUGGGCUAACGAAUUAAAUGUCCAUAAGCUGGGUGUCGGUUUAGCAGACAAGGAUCAAUGGGUGGACUUCGUACAACCAAUGACUGAUGUCGAGCAAUAUCAGGGCGAACAGAAACCUUACUCAACAGAAAACCAAAAGAAGCUGCUCGAGGCUUUCCGGGAACUUGAAAAGGAGAUGGACACCAUACCCCAGACGACCGUCAAACAUGCCAACGCUUUGAAGGCGGACACUGCAGCAGAUUUGACUGAAGAGAUUAUCCAGAGAUUCUCUCUGGGCCUCAUGAAACGUAGGGAAAAGCCAAAAAAGCCUUAG